GGACUUUCAAUCCCGCAUACGGCUUAUCACUCUUACCCACGACGAGAUGUCUCGAGUCAUAAAGACCUGCAGAGACAUAAGUGUGAGUGUGACGAACCUACAUCAUGGCCUCAUCUGUGUUACGCUGGCUCGGAUACUCGGAGACAUCCCGGGGUUAAGAGCCGUGACGCCGUACUCCCUGAGACGGUUUACGGGGGCGAGCUCACGCGAGAUUAUCAACCACAUAUCGUACACGACUACGUAUGUACCAGGAAGUACUUAAGGCAUAACCAGAGAUGCUACUGCCCACUCUGAUACGGAGCGCCAGCUGGUGGUGGAAG